GUAGCCAUUUUAUAUCAAGAAACUAACAUGGCACCUUCCUUAUACUAUCCGAACGAAUUGUGUUAAGGAUUUACAAGUUGUAAAACACGAAAAAUCAUUAAAAAAAAAACGCAUUACAUAUUCAUUAUAAGUUCUAAAACCAAAUAUUUAAAUUAAAAUGCCGGCCGUACCAGGCAUGUAUCAACAAGCUCCUUCAUGCUGGGAUAGGGUAAAACUUGGUUUUAUGAUUGGAUUUUGUGUUGGAAUGGCAUCUGGUGUUCUAUUUGGGGGAUAUUCUAUUGUUAGAUAUGGAUUAAGAGGAAGGGAAUUGAUAAACAACGUUGGAAAAGCAAUGCUUCAAGGUGGUGGAACAUUUGGAACAUUCAUGGCCAUUGGAAGUGGAAUAAGAUGCUAGUACUUGAAGAAUGUUACGUUUGACAUUUAGGAUACAAAAAAUUGUAGUCAGAAUAUUCUAUUAAUUUCUCAAUAAAAUAUUUCUACGAAGCAAGGGCAUACCUUCCAUUGCAACUACAGUGGUAUCAUCCAUAGGAUUUGUUUUUCCUGGAAUAUUUAAUCCAAAACUUAAGUGACGAAUCUUGUGAGUCAUAUUAAAUUGUGUUGAUGUGUAUGGUUGGACAUCAUGUACUGUAAGCAAAAUGAAAAAUAUCAUAAUAUUA